AAUGAUCUUGUAAAUAUAUUAAAUGAUACACCAUUUAGAGUUGAAGAAAAACAUAAAGGAUUUGUUCCUUUUAUGGCUAAAUAUGUAAUUUUAACAGCUCAAAAAUGGGAUGAUGAUAUUGAGAAAAGGACAACAGAAAUUAUAUUUCAUCAAGGAUCAGAAGAAGAUUUUAGAAAUAUAAAUUGGAUGGUUAAAUUAAGAAAUAGAAUUCAUACAAAUGAAGAAGUUAUUGAAAAAAGUAAAAAGAUAAAUAAUGAUGGUGAACAUAUU